AGGAAGUAUUGACAUUCAUACGCGGAAGAGGUUAGAGUGGGGGAAAACAAUCGGGUGGAUCGACGAACAGUAACUUUAAAUAAGGAACAGAGGAAACGACGGCGUGAUAUUUGGCCUGUUCAGCUACUGGCAUCUCUGGUGGACGGUUUCCACAUCAAGAAAAGUCAAGAUGGAGUUCUUGUUUGGAAGAAGAAAGACUCCGGAGGAGAUGCUCAGACAGAAUCAAAGAGCACUUAAUAGAGCCAUGAGAGAUUUAGACAGAGAACGCCAGAGACUGGAGCAACAGGAAAAGAAAAUAAUCGCUGACAUUAAGAAAAUGGCCAAACAAGGACAGAUGGAUGCUGUGAAGAUCAUGGCUAAGGACUUGGUGCGCACAAGACGAUACGUCAAGAAAUUCAUCAUGAUGAGAGCCAAUAUUCAAGCCGUCAGCCUUAAAAUCCAAACCCUCAAAUCAAACAACAGCAUGGCGCAGGCCAUGAAAGGAGUCACCAAAGCUAUGGCCACCAUGAACAGACAGCUGAAGUUGCCACAGAUUCAGAAGAUCAUGAUGGAGUUUGAGCGCCAAAGUGAAAUCAUGGACAUGAAGGAGGAGAUGAUGAAUGAUGCAAUUGAUGAUGCAAUGGGCGAUGAAGACGAUGAAGAGGAAAGCGAUGCUGUGGUUUCUCAAGUUUUGGAUGAGCUGGGUCUGAAUCUUUCUGAUGAGCUUUCAAACCUGCCUUCUACUGGAGGAAGUCUGUCGGUUGCGGCUGGGAAGAAGGCUGAACCGCAGCCUACGCUGGCAGAUGCUGACGCUGACUUGGAGGAGAGGCUGAACAACCUAAGGAGAGACUGAGAACGAAAGGACUUUCAGUAAAGGUUUUGAUUCGGAACUGUUGCGCAACGCUCGCUUCACUAAAAUGUAGACUGAUGCAGAGAAAAGAGGGAGGAGGUGAAUGCUGUCUGUUUUUUUUUUCCUGACAUAUUAGACGCUGUAACGCGUCGUUUUUUGUUUUUCUGUCUUCUUUUAUGACACGUGCUGUAUAAAUAUUACCAAACACGUAACCCAAAUGAAGAUGCAAUGCAUCAGACUGAUCUCAAGCCUUGUGUUUAGACAAAUCCUUUUUGAAGGAGAUAAAAUCAACAAAGAUUCUGUUACCCCAAGAACUUGAUUUUUUGAGGAAAGCUUAACACUAAAUAUUUAAUUAGUAUAAAAACUGGUUUAUCACACAUCGUCUUUUCAUUUUAUUGAACGCAGAUGUUGAACUGAUCUUUUAUAUAAAUCGUGCACUCCACAGUCGCUCCAGUUUUCAAUCUGUUCAUAUAGAGGUACAUCUGAGAAUUACCUUUAAAAUACCUGUGCUAUUAUACUAUCAUGAUCUUCUAAAAAUAUAUUCAUCUUGAUCUUUUAGUGGUAAAUUCCUUUGUAUAAUAAAUGUGGUGGUUUAUAUAUUUUUUUUUUCUCAAAGUGAUUGAAUCUCUAGUUCCAACACCAAGGCCUGUUCAGUAUACUAUAAACCUUCAUAAACUCUGAAGUUUGUGCAAGGCAACAUCUCACAAUAACUGGUCAUUUAAUUAAAAAAAAACAGAGGCAGUUUUCCAAAGGUUGUUUGUCACGAAAUAAUCUAAAGACUUGUUAUUGAAAAUUAAAAAGAAAUAGUGUAUUUAUCUCAUGGUGAAUCAAAAGAGGUGGUAUAUUUUGAAAAAUUAUUUCUUGUUAUUUUGCACUUUUUUGGUUCAAUAAACAUUUUUCACACUUACUAUGAAGUGAA